CUUUUAUUCCUUCCCUUACAGCCAUUCACGAGUACCUUGAUUUAUCUGUAGACAUAAGUCUUCAGGAUCACAGUUCUGAUAAGUGCCUUGUUUGUUGUGACAAAAUCAAUUCCAUGAAUAGUCCUAAGAAAGAAACCAAAGUCAAAAGUGAACCAGGAUUAAGUGGUCCAUCUAGUUCGAAUAGUUCAAGUGAUCUCUUUGGAAAAAUUGGUGCUGCAAUGAAACAAGCUUCCUCUGAAAUGAAAGGCAAACUCUUAGACUACAUAGUCAAUCCAACAGGAGAAUCUAAGAGCGAAAAUAGUGAAAAGAGUUUUUCCGGACCAAACAAGCAUGGGAAACCGUAUCGAAAUUUGGCUCCUGUUUUUAGCAUCGAUGAUGAAGAUGACCCUACUGACGGAGGAAGCAUCGACUUGGAACAGACUCAGGAUUACGUAUCUUUGACGGAGUGGAAGAGAAAACCAGAUGUAAUAGCUUACUACAGAUGUAGGUCACUGAAACCAAAUGAAAGUCAAAAAAAAUAUGUUGAUAUGUAUGGCUGGUAAGUUCUAAUUCUU